AUGCCGAAACAUUUAUACAAAACCGCUACCCUGAGCACACGCAGCGGAGCCGUAGACAUUCAAGUGAAAUCCAAUACACGAAAUAAUUUGAUCUAUGGACAGCAUCGUUGUGGUAAAGGCCGUAAUGUCCGAGGAAUCAUUACCGUAAGGCAUAGAGGGGGAGGUCAUAAACGUCUAUACCGUAAAAUAGAUUUUCGACGGAACCAAAAAAAUAUAAAAAAUAUAUAUGGUAAAAUCGUAACCAUAGAAUAUGACCCUAAUCGAAAUGCAUAUAUUUGUCUCAUACACUACGGGGAUGGUGAGAAGGGAUAUAUUUUAUAUCCCAGAGGGGCUCGAAUUGGAGAUACCAUUAUUUCUGGUACAGAAGUUCCUAUAAAAAUGGGAAAUGCCCUACCUUUGAAAUCUACUUCAACCCAUAUACCCUUAGGUACGGCCAUACAUAACAUAGAAAUCACACUUGGAAGGGGUGGACAAUUAGCUAGAGCUGCAGGUACUGUAGCGAAACUGCUUGCAAAAGAGGGUAAAUCGGCCACAUUAAAAUUACCUUCGGGAGAGGUUCGUUUAAUAUCCCAAAACUGCUCAGCAACAGUCGGACAAGUAGGAAAUACUAGGGCAAAGCUUAAAAAGUUUGGUAAAGCCGGAUCGAAAUGUUGGUUAGGUAAGCGUCCUGUAGUAAGAGGAGGAGUUAUGAACCCCGUAGACCAUCCCCAUGGGGGCGGUGAAGGGAAGGCCCCAAUUGGUAAAAAAAAACCCGUAACCCCGUGGGGUUAUCCUGCACUUGGAAAAAGAACUAGAAAAAGGAAUAAAUAUAGUGACAAUUCGAUUCUUCGUCGCCGUAGUAAAUAG